CAACGCGGUAGUCUAUAUAGACACUGGUUUCUUCAAGUAGUGUGUGUGUGUCAGUGUGUGUAUCUAAGCUAAAACUACCAUUUCUGGACAAAGCCUUCUCUGCAUCUCAAGUGAAGCUUUUCGAAGAAACAAGAUUAUGGAUAUGAUGUUUAAAUCAUCAAAUUCUAGAGGAACACACCUGGGCAAGAGGCCAGCAUCAACGGCUCAAGAGAAUCGAGGCAAGAAACGAGCCACAGAACAGAUGGAAGAACCUCGUGAAAUUACAGUCAAGGUCAAGAGUCAGGUGAAGGAGGUCAAUUUCAAGGUUAAACACAAUACUAAGAUGCAGAAGAUCUUCAAGAAGUUCUGUGACAAAGCUCAGGUAGAAUACAGGACCAUGCAAUUCUUCUUUGAUGGCUCUCGAGUCCCGCCUACUGCAACCCCUCACGAGCUUAACAUGAGCGAUGGCGACGAGAUUGAGGCCAUGAUCCAUGCUGGAGGAGGAGGCAAUCCGCCCAUCGUCUGAUUGCAGCAGGAACUGCAACUUUGCAUGUUCAUUUCAUCAUUUGCUCAAGAAUAGAGAAGCUUAGGAUAAUUUGCUUUAAAAUGUAGAAUGAAAACUUCUAGCUCCAUGUAUUCUGAUUCUGCGAUAUUACAUUGCAUUUGGUUCUGAAAUAUCACCAUUGCAUUCAGUUC